AUGGGCAUGACCGAGGACGAUGAAGAGCAGGAGCCGAACUCGUUCCGGCAACCCGCCACCACCCUCCGCCCGACCUCCCCCUCUCCUCGCGCAUCCGCCCCCGCGAUCCCGGACGAGCUCACCGACCGCCUCAACGCGCUCUCCAAACAGCUCGAGAUGGCGCUCGAGCUCUCGCGCUCACUCGAAGCCCAGCACGCUACCGCCCAGUCCACGAUCUCCGUCCUCGAGUCCAAGGUCGCGUCACUCGAGAACCUCGUCCAAGACACGCAAACGCAAGUGCAGUCUCAGGUCGAGGUCACGGAGCAGCUCGUCCAAGCGUAUGAGUCCGCCCGCGCCGCGCCGCAAGAACCCACCGUCCCCGUCGCCGCUGUUGAGGAGGCGAGGAAGGAGGAGCGCGAGUUGCUCACCUCAAUAUUCGCUGAGUGGAAGAACAACGUCAAGGGCAAGUGGAGCAGCGUGCACGAGGACUGGACGGAGGAGCGGGAGCGCCUCUGGCGAGCCAGGGACGAGUGGGAGAGCCGGAUGUGCGCGGCCGAGGAGACAGUCUCCACCGCCGUGACGAAGGUCGACAACGGGCUCAUGUCCCUGACGUCCUUUCAGGCGCACCAGCAACAGAAGUUUAUGAACGGCAACGCGAAGCCCCAUUCCAGCGGCGGUAUCGUCACCCCUCCCAGCCCUCGCUCCCUCUCCGCCGAGUCCACUCGCCCCCGGAACCGGAGGAAACGCACCGCGUCGCGAGGACGCACUCGGACUCGGAUCAUCUUCCCCUCCCCCACCGACGACGGCACCGACAACUUAGUCUCUCUCGAUGGCACGCACCAGAGCGAGUCUGGAGACAUCCCGGGAAGCUCGAGCAUUACCCCCGAGUCGAGCGUCGUCAACCAGCCGAUAUCGGCUGCGAUCCCCGGUACCAGCGCGGCAACGGACGCACGACCGCCUCCCUCCGCCAAAGCAUCUGUGGUGGAGUGGGACAUGGGUGCCAGUGGGAACGUCCGCGUCUCUAGCAAGAGUGGUAUUACUUUCGACCAAGCAUAUCGAUCCGUGCUUAAGAAGGAUGGUUUGACAACAAGCUUGAGGCCCACUUCCUUGGAGAACGUCGACAAGAAACUCGAGCUCUCGCUCUCACGCGCACUCAACCAACUGCAGCGCUCAAGCAGCGUCAAGUCUCGCACGCACAAGCCCGAGGAAUUGCAUGAAGAGCGCCGCGAGCGCGAGAUCCACGAACUCAGGAGAUGGCGCGGUCUCGACGUGGACGACGGUGUCCUGCGCGAGCUGGAAGGAAGCAACAUGGCGCUUGGGGAAGAGCUCAAGAAUGCGCGCGAGCUGCUCGAGAACACGGGCGGGCUCGAGCGCAUGCGGGAGCUCCCCGAGUCCCGUGGGGGCCACUCAUCUCAGGGCGACUUGCGAUGGUAG